UCCCAACAUCAUUCAUUCAUCCAUCCAUCAUUCACAAGCAGCAAAACAACAACAAUGAGAGCUUGAAGUGAGGAAAAAGAGAAUCUGCUCAGAAUUUCAUUCCCAUCGCCCCCCCCAAAAAAAAUGAAGAAACAAGGAUUCGAAAUCGAAGCAUCCGGGAUCACUUACACAAUCCCGGCGAAAUCCCCGCCGCCGCCGCCUCCGUCCGCCGCGAAAAAGCGAUCACCCUUCUUCCCCAACAUCUUCGCCGGCGACAACGACCACGGCCGGGGAAGGAAAAAGACCGUCCUCGACGACGUCACCUUCACAGCGAAGCCCUGGGAAGUCCUGGCCAUCGUGGGCCCCAGCGGCGCCGGCAAAUCCACCCUCCUCGAAAUCCUCGCCGGAAAAAUCUCUCCGACGGCGGGAUCCGUCCUCGUCAACGGCACCCCAGUCGCCGACGAGGACCGCCGGUUCCUCAACAAGAUCUCCGGCUACGUCACCCAGCGCGACACCCUCUUCCCCCUCCUCACCGUCGAGGAAACCCUAAUGUUCAGCGCCAAGCUCCGCCUCCAGAAAAUCCCCAAAUCCGAGCUCGGGUCCCGGGUCGGGUCGCUGAUGCAGGAGCUCGGGCUGACCCACGCGGCGCGGACCCGGGUCGGGGACGAGUCGGGCCGGGUCAGGGGGAUAUCGGGAGGGGAGCGGCGCCGGGUCUCGAUCGGCGUCGACGUGAUCCACGACCCGAAGGUCCUGAUCCUCGACGAGCCGACCUCGGGGCUCGACAGCUCGUCGGCGCUCCAGAUCGUCGGGCUGCUGAAAUCUAUGGCGGAGACGAGAGGCCGGACGAUCGUGCUCAGUAUCCACCAGCCGGGGUUCCGGAUCGUGAAGCUCUUCAAUUCCGUCCUGUUCAUGGCCGGCGGGUCGGUUCUCCACCACGGGUCGGCGGACGGGCUCGGGUCGAGGCUGAAGGCGGUCGGUUUGCAGGUUCCGGGUCGGGUCAAUGUAGUCGAGUUCGCCAUGGAGUCCGUCGAAACGUUUCGCGAGCGGGUUGGCGAUUGCAAGCGAGGAGAAGUCGUCGUGGCGGCGGCGGUGGGGAAGCGGAGCGGGAAGUGUACGCUGCAGCAGCUUUUCGAUCUGCAGGCGGCGUCUUCGGUUGGACAUCACAGCAAUCGAAUUGCGGACGAGGAAAGCGCCAUCAUCAAUAUCGGGUUGGAGGAUUCGGAGUUCGGGCUGUGGGGUGAUUAUCAUCAGUACCCGAAUUCGUGGUUCCGGGAAACCAUGAUUCUUACUCACAGAGGUUCUCGAAGAACAUCUACAGAACCAAAGAGCUGUUCGCCUGCCGGACAAUCCAAAUGCUAAUCUCCGGCCUCGUCCUCGGCUCCGUCUUCUCCAACGUCAAAUCCGACCUGGUGGGAGCGCGCGAAAAGGUCGGGCUAUUCGCCUUCAUCCUCACAUUCCUCCUUUCCUGCACCACCGAAGCCCUCCCAAUCUUCCUCCAAGAAACCGAGAUCUUCAAGAAAGAAACCUCCACCGGCAGCUACAGAGUCUCCUCCUACGCCGUCGCCAAUUCCCUAAUCUACCUCCCUUUCCUCCUCAUCCAGUCGAUCCUCUUCUCCGUCCCGGUCUACUGGCUCGCCGGAUUGAACCCCACCUUCACAGCCUUCGCCUUCUUCCUCCUCCUCAUCUGGAUGAUCCUCUACACCGCCAAUUCCGUCGUCCUCUGUUUCAGCACUCUGGUCCCCAAUUUCAUCGUCGGGAAUUCGCUCAUCUCCGGGGUCAUGGGAUCCUUUUUCUUGUUCUCCGGCUACUUCGUGUCCCGCGGCGGGAUCCCCAAUUACUGGAUUUUUAUGCACUAUGUGUCGCUGUUUAAGUACCCUUUCGAGGCCUUCUUGAUUAACGAGUUCUCCAGCCAGGGGAAGUGUCUGGACACCAUGCUCGGAGCUUGCUCCGUCACCGGAGAAGCGGUGCUGAGGGAGGAAGGGUACGGCGGGGAGGAAGGGCGGUGGCGGAAUGUGGCCAUCAUGGCUUGUUUCAUCCUCUUCUAUCGGUUUGCUUGCUAUUUAAUUCUCAGGUUCCGGUGCUCUGUUCGGCCGGCCGGGUGGGCCGGGUUCGGGUCGGGUAAGGUUUCGGCCCAAAAGCAGAGCCCGGUUGCUGACCUCUCCAAGUCGUAGAGUACGAGGCAGUGUUUAAUCAAUCAUCAAAUCGUUUGUGGUUUCGGUAAUAAGAUACCAGUUAUAUGAAAUAUAUAAUUUUCUGACGAAUUUCAGCAAAACCUUUUUUUUUUUUUUUUUUUUAAGGGGAUCACAGGUUGUAACUUGUAAUGAUGAUGAUGUAAUUUGUUGGCCUCUGUCGUUCUCUCUGUUUUUUCCCCUGCCUUUGUUGUGGCUGAAGGAAUUGGUUCACAUGUCGUUGGAGUUUAGUAGUUUACUUACUUGGUUGGAAGGGUACAAAAGAAAUGUUUUCUUGUUAGGGUUGUAUUUGAUAAAAUGGAGAAGUUUGACAUUCUUGACUCUGUGAUUUUAUCUAUCUAUUUAUUUAUUGUUUUCAUUAUAUAACUUAAAUAAUGAAUUGUACG